AUGCCGCCGCGGUUGGAGGCUGCCACUCUACUCCACCCCCCUCCCAGCGUCUUGUUUGAGCUGUGCGAUUCGAGGGAGCAUGACUCCCCGCCCCUGCUCCGGCUGGCGUCCCGGCGCCCCCUUGCCCUGCUGGCCUUGGUGCCCCGGCCCCUGGUCCUCUUCACGGCGGGGGCCCUGUCCGGCGCCAUCGCCAAGAGCCUGACCGCCCCCCUGGACCGCGUGAAGAUCCUGCUCCAGAGCCUCAUCGCCAUCGGGCGCGAGGAGGGCCUGCGCGGCUACUGGAAGGGCAAUCUGCCCCAGAUCCUGCGGGUCGUGCCCUACAGCGCAGCCCAGCUGUACAGCUACGAGGUGUUCAAGCACGCCUUCCGGGACGGGGAGGGGCGGCUGACCGUGCCGCGCCGCCUCGCCGCGGGGGCCUGCGCGGGCAUGGCAGCCACGCUGCUCACCUACCCGCUGGACACGCUGCGCCUCCGCAUCGCGGUCGACCCCGCCUGCCGCACCUUGGCCGGCGCCGUGGCGGUGCUGGCGCGGGAGGGGAGCGGCGCGGCCUUUUACCGUGGCCUCGGCGCAUCCAUGAUGGGCAUUGCCCCAUACAUGGCACUGGAGCUGUCCAGCUACGAUCUUCUGCCACCAGCGCUGCCCUCCUUCGCGAGGGGGUUCCUGGCGGCCCUCAUUGCCACGGUUUCCUGCUACCCCCUGGACACCGUGCGACGGCAUAUCCAGCUGUCGGCGGGGAAGUCCAUCGCCUGGCACGUCGCUGCAGGAGGAAUCGUGAGGAGCGACGGCGUGGUGGGUUUGUACCGCGGUUUCAUCCCAAACUCGCUGAAGAACCUGCCGAACAAAGGCGUCAAGCUGUCGGUGUUUGAUGCGGCGAAAAAGGCCCUGGUGGCGGGGGAGCUGGCUUACGAGGAGGAAAAGGCGGCAAUGCAUGACGACCUGGCCACGUUUGCGCGCCCCCUGUGA